GAGGCGGCAGGGGGAGGCGGCGGCAGCCGCAGCUCCGAGGCAACCGCUGCACCGGUACCAGCACCGGCUCUCGGCACAGCUCGCCGGGUCCAGGUGCCAAGGGCUCUGCUGGGAUGGCACAACCCCACUCACACUGACACCACGUCGUACCACCCCUCGAUACCUGAUGCCUGGGGACUGCCUGCCCUCACCUUGACAGGUGGCAGCAGGUGACACGGGUGGCGCAGGUCCCCUGGCCGGCGCCAGCACACCCCAUGGCAGUCCCUUUGGCCGCCUGGCUGUGGCUGAUGCGCCUGGCCACCUGCCUGGCCGCCAGGCAUGGCAUGGCUGGCAAGAAGGAGAUCAGCAUGGACGGGGACCUGGUGAUCGGGGGCCUCUUCCCCAUCCACGAGAAAGGAGCAGGGAGUGAAGACUGUGGCAAGAUCAAUGAGCACCGGGGCAUCCAACGCCUGGAGGCCAUGCUCUUUGCUCUGGAUGAGAUCAACAAGGAUGGGAGCAUCCUGCCAGGGGUGAGGCUGGGCGCCCACAUCCUUGACACCUGCUCCAAGGACACCUAUGCCCUUGAGCAGUCCCUCGACUUUGUCCGCGCCUCCCUCACCAGGGUGGAUGGCUCCGAGCAUAUCUGCCCUGAUGGCUCCUAUGCUGUCCACGAUGAUGUGCCUACCGCCAUCACUGGUGUCAUCGGGGGCUCCUACAGCGAUGUUUCCAUCCAGGUGGCCAACCUGCUGCGGCUCUUCCAGAUCCCUCAGAUCAGCUAUGCCUCCACCAGUGCCAAGCUCAGCGACAAGUCCCGCUAUGACUACUUUGCCCGCACUGUCCCGCCAGACUUCUACCAAGCCAAAGCCAUGGCAGAGAUCCUCCGCUUUUUCAACUGGACUUACGUCUCCACCGUGGCCUCAGAGGGGGACUACGGGGAGACAGGGAUUGAGGCCUUUGAGCAAGAAGCCCGCAUGCGCAACAUCUGCAUCGCCACCUCAGAGAAGGUGGGACGCUCCAUGAACAAGAAGACCUACGAUGGAGUGGUCCGGGCUCUGCUGCAGAAGCCCAAUGCCAGAGUAGUUGUGCUGUUCACCCGAAGCGAAGACGCCCGGGAGCUGCUGGCAGCUGCCCAGAGAGCCAAUGUGUCCUUUAUGUGGGUGGCCAGUGAUGGGUGGGGAGCCCUGGAGAGCGUGGUAGCCGGGAGCGAAGCAGUGGCGGAGGGAGCCAUCACCAUUGAGCUGGCAGCCUACCCCAUUAAGGAGUUUGCUGCCUACUUCCGUAACCUCAACCCCUACAAUAACAGCCGUAAUCCCUGGUUUCGUGAGUUUUGGGAGCAGAAGUUUAAGUGCAGCUUCCACACGCAGGACUGUAGCCGGUACUCCCUCAAGACAGGCAAGUUUGAGCCAGAGUCCAAGAUCACCUUUGUGGUCAAUGCGGUCUAUGCCAUGGCUCACUCUCUCCACAACAUGCACCAGGCACUAUGCCCCAACGCCACUAAGCUCUGCGAUGCCAUGAAGCCUGUCAAUGGCAAGAGGUUCUACAAGGACUUUAUGCUCAAUGUUAAUUUUGAUGCUCCGUUCAGGCCAGCAGACACCAGAAGUGUUGUUCGAUUUGACCGCUAUGGUGAUGGGAUAGGACGCUACAACAUCUUCAGCUAUCACCACAUGGAUGGGCGGUAUCUGUAUCAGAAAGUGGGCUACUGGGCUGAGGGGCUCAUCCUCAACACCAGCCUCAUCCCAUGGGCUGAGACCUCCAUCCCUGUGUCCCAGUGCAGUGACCCCUGCAAGAAGAAUGAGAUAAAGAGCAUGCAGCCUGGAGACAUAUGCUGCUGGAUCUGCAUCCCCUGCCAGCCCUACGAGUACUUGCUGGAUGAGUUCACCUGCAUGGACUGUGGUCUCGGUUACUGGCCCAAUAGGACCCUGAAUGGCUGCUAUGAGUUGCCCCAACAGUACAUCCGCUGGAAAGAUGUCUGGGCCAUUGGUCCUGUCACUAUCUCUUGCCUGGGUUUUAUCUCCACCCUCUUCGUUUUUGGAGUCUUCAUGAAGAACAAUGAUACCCCCAUCGUGAAGGCCUCUGGCCGGGAGCUCUGCUACAUACUCCUGACUGGGGUCCUUAUGUGCUACAGCAUGACCUUCAUCUUCAUCGCAAAGCCUUCCACCGAGGUGUGCACACUCCGGCGCCUGGGGCUUGGCACGUCCUUCGCUGUCUGCUAUUCGGCCCUCUUGACCAAGACAAAUCGCAUUGCCAGGAUCUUCAGUGGGGUGAAGGAGGGGGUCCAGCGCCCCCGGUUCAUAAGCCCUACAUCGCAGGUGGUCAUCUGCAUGGCUCUCAUCUCUUGCCAGCUGAUCAUCGUCAUCAUCUGGCUGCUGGUGGAGACCCCUGGCACAGGCAAGGAGACUGAGCCUGACAAGAGGUACAUCGUCACCCUCAAGUGCAACAACCGUGACUCCAACAUGCUAAUUUCGCUCACCUACAAUGUCCUCUUGAUUGUCCUCUGCACGGUCUAUGCCUUCAAGACACGGAAAUGCCCAGAAAAUUUCAAUGAGGCCAAGUUCAUUGGUUUCACCAUGUACACAACCUGCAUCAUCUGGCUGGCUUUCCUGCCCAUCUUCUACGUGACCUCCAGUGACUACCGAGUCCAGACAACCACCAUGUGCAUCUCAGUGAGCCUCAGCGGCACCGUGGUCCUCGGCUGCCUCUUCACCCCCAAGCUCCACAUCAUACUCUUCCAGCCCCAGAAGAAUGUGGCCAGCCACCGCGUGGGUACUGCUCGGUUCAGCGUGGCAGCUGCUGGCUCCAGCCAGUCCCAUGGUGAGUGCAGGGGGGCUGAGAAAGGGGGGGCAGCGCCCCCUUCCUGGCAGGGACAUGGGGGCACCCCAGCACAGGACCCUGAAAGAAACUGGGGUGCAGGGUAGGGCAUGGCUGGAAACAGGGGUACAGAGGAUCCUGUGCCCUGUACAGCUCAUCCCUGGCUCUGCCCCAGUUCCUCAUCUCCCCUGUCUCACAUGGCUGCAAGCCCCAAGGCUGCAGCAGUCUGCUGGGGCGGGGGGAACCACUCCCAGGAGGCUGUUGCCACCCUGGGGGUACACGGCCAUCCUGGGCAGCCUCCACCCCAGCCCCUGGUGAUGAACUUUCCUGGGCAUCCAUCUCCCACUGCGGUAGGAUGCCCUGGCAGGUUGCUGCUGCCAGACCCCAGCCCGCCCCUGACUGCUGCCUUCCUGGCCAGGCUCGGCCUCGCAGUACGUGCCCACAGUGUGCAACGGCCGUGAGGUGGUGGAUUCCACGACAUCAUCCUUGUGAAGGCCAGGGAGGCCCAGGCCAUGGUGCUGCCACUCCUGCCUGUGGCUGCACUGCACCCCAGCUCCCGCCCCAGGGAGAGCGGCACCUGUGGCAUGGCCCACUCAGGAGCCAGAGGCAGCCGGGAGGCUCAGCCCCCACCCCAGCACGAGCUACGCAUCCCACACACUGGGUUAUGGUACGUGUCACCCUUCCUUUGCACUGAGCCAUGUUGCACAUCCCUUGUCACCUGCACUGAGCCCUAGUGCAGGAGCCCCUGUCCCUGCACUGAGCCAUGGUGAACAUCCCCCACCCCACCCCUUGCACUAAGCCAUGCUGAACAUCCCCAAUCCCUUGAACUGAGCCAUGGUGCACGACCCUGCUGUCACCUGCACUGAGCCAUGGUGUACAUCACCCCAGCCCCUGCCCCAAGCUGUGCUGCACAUCCCCCAGACCCUGCCUGAGCCCUGGGAAAUGUCCCCAUCAUCCAUUGCACUGAGCCCUAGUGCACAGCCCAUCCCCUGCCCCAGCUAUGGUGCAAGACCCCUGUCUCUUCCGCCAAGUUGUGGUGCACAACCUCACUCCCUCUUGCUGAGCCACACCAAGUCACACUUCAUUUGCGCCAAGACAUGCUGUCCCAUGUCCCAGUCCCUCCAAGCUGAGCCUUGUGCUGGCCUACACUGUCCUCACCGCGUCACCCACCCACCCCACUUCCCUGGUGCAGGAAAUGUCCCUGUCAUGUCCCCACCCUGUGCCAAACCAUGACCCAUAUCAUCCCUCUCCAGUCCACAGAGCACUUCCCUGGGCCCUUUACACAGUUUCACCUCUUCCUCCUCGUUUUUGGCCCCAGGAAAGCCACCAAGCGCUGCGGGGCUGGGCCCAAGCCCCCUCCAUCUCUCCCCUUGGUGUACGUAGUGCUUCUCACCCUUUCAUGGAACACAGGGCAGGAGUACAGCUGAAUACCCGCUGCCCCCCCCCAGCUCCUGCAGAGCUUGAAGGGUACAGUGGGGGCAGAGGGUGAGUAACAGGACCCAGGUAUUUAAGCCCAACCAUGUUUUUAAGAGUAGAUUUUUUUCUGUGACCAGGAGUAUUUUUUUUUUCUGUAAUUUAUGUAAAUAAAGUGGAUUUGGUUUUGGGUUUUUUUUUUGUUUUGUUUUU